CCCCUUUCUCCCAGACAUGCCUGUUGUCGCAUUUUGCCUCUUUCUCUGUCUUUCAUGUUCGUGAAAAGAUGCGUUUCCUCCGAAAUUAACAACAUAACAAACCCUGGAAUAUAACUGGGCUCUUUUUGAGCCCCUGGACUCAGUUAACGAAUAGAUGUCGUCUAUGUGGCAGCAGGAGCCAGCUUGUUAUUCUCCAUGUGUGGAGAUCGACUCCAGCUCCGUCAGGUCCAAGGACCGGCUCGGCUCUUCCAGCUGGCUGAAACAAGAGCAGGAUGAGCUCCGGAUUAUCAAAUGGGAGAACUUCCAAGGUGGAACCUCCUCUGAUGCCGUUCAGGACAACACUCCUAGCAGCGCCAUGUCUGCUUCAUCAUUCGAGGGCUUACCGCCAAGGGUGCUGCUAACCAUCACAAAGCUUCAGUGCAUGCUGGAGAGCAAACAGGAGCGCAUUGCUACACUGGAGCGGCAGGUGGAGGACCUGAUGCAGGACCGAAAGUUUCUGCGCACUCAGAUCGAAAAUCUCACAAUCAAUCGUUCCGUUGCACCAUUUGCUGUACCCAGCUCAGCUGCUGAAGCUCCUAAGCCAAGCAAACUACAGCAUUCAGAAAGCAAAUCUCGAAAGAGGGAAAGAGCUUCUUCUUCCUCCUCGGCCAGCAGCGAGAGCGGAUCAGAGGGAUCAGACUGCUCUGAAAUGUCUGCAGCUUCAAGUGAGCACCGACGGAGAAAACACCACAAGGACAAGAAGAGAUCGAAGAAAGGGAAGGACUACAGCAGGAAGAGAGCCACUGGUGUCCUGUACGUGAUUAACCGCUACAAACAGGUCCUGUCGGCCUUCAUCAAGAAGAAAAGCAUGAGCGAGGCCUUCCGUCACCACGGCAUUGACAGGAACACCAUCGCCAACACUGCGUCUAUCGCUGAGCUUCACCUCGCUGGGAAAGAAAUGGUACCAAUGGUGGGCCAGUUCCGCCAAGGAGAAGAGACUCUGGUUAACUACGCCCAGCGGUGCACCUUGGUCAUCGAUAGCGACCCUGAACUGUCCAGAAAAAUCGAGCAGAUGAAGGCCAAUGGUCAGCUGUUACCUAUUUCAGGGAAGAGGUCCAGGGUGAUGCACUCUCACAUGCAGCCACUACGGGAUGCUACAGAGAGCAUCUUAAUAGGUUGAUGAUUUAAAUGUUUUAAGUAGAGGUGGAUAAAAGAUUUCUUAGAGUUGAUGCAGCUGUUUUAUGUCGCACAACCUUUAAUUUAGUUUUUUUUUUUAUUUAUCACUGAGGAUUUUUUUUCCUUAUUUAUUCUGCAAAAAUGGUCUAUGUAAUAACAUAAAUGUCCAGGAGAUGGCAUUGUGCACAUGUUAUUUUUGCUGAUAAAGGAAUUGUCAUUGAUUUCAAAAUGGUGGACUUUCAGAGAUCUUUUUAUAUGCAUUUCACUUUUAUUAGAGGUGUUUAAAAACAGCGAAAAUUAGUUUUCCCCUUAAUGUUCAGGAUGAUAUGGAUGUGAAUCUGUGACAGAAUAGGAGUCAUAUUCAGUUAAUAAGGAUAUGCAUUCUAGUGUGGCCUGAUUGUCAGAUUAAAAAUGCCUGUUGAAAAAAACAAAAAGCAGGUUUUUAAAUAUGUUUUCCUUUAAUUUUUUUAUUAAUCUGCUGUAAUAAUUUGAUCUUCAAUGAUGUGUUUUUAAUAUCUGUGAGCAGAAAAUCAUAAAUAACAGAAAUAAAUGCUAAAAAACAUAAUUUUGUGUAA